ACUCGAGGUCGUCUGCUUUGUAGACUUUUCGAUACGUUGUUACGCAUGUAGUCGAAUGGCUGCUCGUUGGACAUGCACGCGUGAGUCAUCCGUGACGAAAUAAAAGUUCGGUUCUCCUGGCACGCAUGCACGAACGAAGAAGAGACGGCGGCGGGGAGAGAAAAAAAGAGGAGAGACAGAGAGAGUCGACGCGUCACUGCGCGCGUCACGUUCCGAUGGAGUGGGGAGAAGUUCGUUUCGGGGCGAGACGUUCCGCUUUUCCGUGCGCGAGGCUUGGGUCCCUUUCGCUUUCCAUCGCUCGAUUCGCGCGACACCCGACACCCAGGAACGGGGAACAGCACGCACGCGGAUGAACACCGGAGAGAUCGCAGCGGUGCGAUAGUGUCGAGAGAGGAAAGCGUCAAUGCCACGAGCUAGCUCGAGGAGCAUCGGCAACGGCAACGACAUCGGCAACGAGAACGCCGGCAGAGGAAUUGGCGGCGUCGUCGAGAGGGAAGAUCCCAAGUCGGAGCCAGAGGCAGGUAAAGAUCGGUCCGCUCGACGAUGCUCGGCACGAAUGUCGUCGUCUGGUUCGUCGAGAGGUCACGACGGAGGUCCCGUACACGUUUCCAAGAGCGCAGCCAGAGCCAGAGCUCAGGAGCGCAGGAACCCGGGAGAUGGUCGGCGGCGCGCAGUUGACGCGGAGGAGGUUAUCGCUAGAGGGAAUUAGAGGGAAUUAGAGCGCGAAAGGGGUCGGAUUGAAAAAAGGUUGUGAAUGCGUUGCCAGGAGCGUUGCCGCCGCCGCCGUCGUCGUCGCCGUCGCCGUCGUCGUCGCCGUCGUCGUCGCCGCUGCGAGGAUGAGGAGUAGACAGCCGCGCUCGAGCUGAAGGAUGCCGUCGUCGUCCGCCGACAAUCAUGUUAUUGCCCGGGAGAUUGCGUUACGCGACGAGACAAACGGAAAAGGCAGAAAAGCGGAAAGGAAGGUAGAGCGAGAGGGCCGAAACGGACCUUCGCUCGUCCUCUGGAAAAUGAACUCCAUGUUAUAUACUUUUUACGUGAUCGCGAUAUUGUUUAUGCUAUUCUGGGCAGGUAUGUGGGUCGUGCACGUGCUGGCAUUGAUCGCCGGCCGUUGGAAGCUACACCGGAAGACGAAUCAGGCACCGAGCUACGAGGUUCCGUUGCCGGGGGUCUCCGUCAUCAAGCCCUUGAUGGGAGUGGACCCGAAUCUCUUCGGCAACCUCGAGACCUUCUUCACCAUGGAGUACCCCCGGUACGAGUUGCUCUUCUGCGUCGAGGACGAUUCCGACCCGGUGCUGAUGCUGGUGCGCAAGCUCAUCGAGAAGUAUCCGGAGGUGGACGCCGGACUCUUCGUCGGCGGCUGCAACGUCGGGGUCAAUCCCAAGAUCAACAAUAUGCAGCCGGCCUACGAGGCCGCCAAGUACGAGCUCGUUCUCAUCAGCGACAGCGGGAUCCGGAUGAAGGAGGACACUCUCCUGGACAUGGUCGAUCACAUGACGGAUAAGGUGGCCCUGGUCCAUCAGAUGCCCUUCACCUGCGAUCGCGAGGGCUUCGCCGCCGCCUACGAGAAGAUCUUCUUCGGGACGUUCCAGUCCCGGAUAUACCUCGCCGCGGAUCUCCUCAGGAUCAACUGCCACACCGGCAUGUCGGCCCUCCUGAGGAAGUGCGUCCUCGACGAAGUCGGCGGCCUGAGAGCCUUCGGCAUCUACCUGGCCGAGGACUUUUUCUACGCCAAGUCGCUCACGGAUCGUGGCUGGCGCAUCACCGUCUCCUCGCAACCGGCCUUGCAGAACAGCGGUCUCUGCGAGGUCACCUCCUUCCAGGCGAGAUUAAGACGAUGGGUGAAGCUGCGGGUGGCGAUGAUACCCAGCACCAUCGUCUUCGAGCCGCUCAGCGAGUGCCUGGUUCUGGGUGGCUUCGCUUCCUGGGCCGCCAGUGUCCUCUUUGAGUGGGACUCUCUAGUUUUCUACCUGGUGCACAUACUUUUGUGGUUUAUGUUCGACUGGACCCUCCUGUGCGUCGUGCAAAACGGUCCACUGCCCUUCAACAAACUCGAGUUUGUGUGCGGUUGGUGGCUCAGCGAGAUUACCAGGCCCUAUCUUUUCUUUCAGGCUGUUCUGGAUCCUCUUAUACAGUGGCGCUCGCGCGUUUACAAGCUCAAAUGGGGCGGCGUCGCGGAGGAGGUUAAGGCGAAAGUCAAAUAUUAACGAUGAUAUAUACUCUCUAGGACUCUGAUGAUCGUGUCGAAUGCCCCGAGUCCCGAGGCUUCUUUUUUUUAGCUUAGCGGCCCUUUUUUCUCGCAACAAAUGUGCAAGGUGUUGAACAAUUGGACUUUUUUUUUAUUUUUAUUUUUAUUUAUUUUUUUUUUUAUAGAGAGGAAAUACGACGUUUCAAACAUUUCACUCCUUUUACAGUAGUAAAUGGAUUCCUAAUUCUUUAACACCCUGCAUAAACUCGUGGUUUUUUAAUUUAUAACCGAUCAAGGGCGAAACAAAUCUUUAAUUAAUCGAGCGUCUUUGUUUCAUUUUUUUAAAAGAAAUUGACUGUGGCAUUUUCAUUUGCGACUCGAUUAUCUAUCAAAAUAUUGAUUAAUAUCGAAGCUCGAUUGUUACAACUCGACAAAUCCCGAACAAAUAAAACUAUGUAUUAUUAAUGGUGAAAGAAUUUCCUCGACGCGAAUAUGUGUUGCGACUUCAAUUUUCACCACGAUAAGAGAUCCGAACAAAAGUUUUCGACGAGGAAUCUAUAGUGUUACAAGUUACAAGAUAAUGUGAGUACGCGAUUUUAUCGUUAUACGCGUUUGAAACUUAUCGCGCGAAUCGAUCCAACGGGUCCAACUUUAACGAUAGGUAAUUGGCUCUUCUUUUUAUGUACAAUACAGAGAUAUGUCAAGGAAUAUAUAUAUAUACAUAUAUAUAAUAUGUCGGAUAAAUUGUAUAAGAUUCUGCUUCUCAUUAUUACAAAUUUUGUCAAUGAAAAUGCCGAAUGCAAAUUCAAAGAUACAUGUUGGAUUGUGACGUCAGAGGUGAGAAAAUACACGCUGAAAAUUCGUGCAAAUCUCUCGGCGCACUUGUAAAAUAGUCCGAAAAUGAUUUCUCGACGGUCAAUUAAUAAUUGUAAAAUAAUCGUGAUAUCAGACUUUAUCAUACGGAAUGACUGUGCAUGUGCAAAGAUCAAACGGACUGGACCUCGUAUUACAGUCAUUUUACAACUGUUGAUUAAUUAUAAAGGGAAAAAGAUAGUUUUCAAGCUAUUUUAAAAGUUUAUAUUAAAGCUAUCUGAAGUAACGUUUCAUCAAGGUAUCUUUUUAUCUAAAAAUGACACGCAAGAGUUUUUAGCCUAGGUUUUCUCACCUCUGACGUUACAAUUUUAACAUGAUCGGCGACGAACCAGGCAGACUCAAGUCCUGGUGUUACGUCGAGCGUAAGAAAAAAAGAGAAAACGAAUAAAAAAAAUGGAAAAACUCAUAUUUGCGCAACGAGAAAAUAAAGUUGGCCGAAUCGAUCUAUAUUCGCGAUACAUCGACGUGUCAACGAGAGAAAUAUUAGACGCGUAUUACAUUUCCAUCUCGAGUCACGGUAUGCUCAACACACAAUGUGCUGCAAUGUGUGGAGAUUUUUUCUCUCCGUGAAAAAAAGACAUUAUUUAUUUGUAAUAUAGUUUUUAUCGAUACGUAAAGCUAGUCGUGAGAUUUAAGAUGUACAGGUCGGCGAGUAUCGUACGGCAUUCGUCUUUCCACGAUCCGCGUCGAAAAAGCGCAUUCUAUUCACGAUAAGAUUCAUCGAGAUUGCGCGCUAUACGAUUAGAAAAAUUAUAAAGACGAUAAAUGAAUCGUGCGAGAUGUAUUCGCGGAGGCUUUUCGACGACUUUUAAUCAGAAUCGCGGUCGAAGAUUCAAGUAUUCUCACACACACACACACACAUCCUGCUAUUAUAAUUU